AUGUCUCGUUAAAUGUAGUCCGUAUGAUGGAUGUGUCCAGGGUCGAGGCCGUUCAGCAAUGUUUUCGUAGACAGGCAGUUCGUCUCGCUCAUGUCAACACUCAGUUCGCGUUCAAAACCGAUUGCAAUUUCGGUUCAGAACGCCAGCGCCUGCGCACGCGUCUUACAUACUUUUAAGUGAGAGUGUCUACAUUGCGCGAUUGUAAGAUGUUUAAGUCAUGCGUUGCGGUCGUCGUGGCCGCUUGCGCUGUCGGUCUGGCCGUAAAUUUUUAUUACCAACGAAUACCCAAACUACCGAAUCUGGAUUACGGGAGGUGGUGGGGGGAGGGGUUGCGUCCGCAGCACGAGGACACGUCUAUAAGACCCUUCAAGAUUGUCUUUAACGAUACGAUGAUAGAAGAUUUAAAAUCUAGAUUAAGAAGCAGAAGGGCCUUCACUAGACCUAUGGAUGGAAUACACUCGGAGUACGGCAUGAACACUGUAUAUUUGGAUAAAAUACUGCAAUAUUGGCUGAAAGAUUACAACUUCAAAGCGAGAGCUGAACGGCUUAACAGGUUUCCACAUUUCAAGACCAGGGUCCAGGGCCUGGACAUUCACUAUAUAAGAGUUAAGCCGGAAGUGACGUCAGGUGUUAAGGUGCUGCCCCUGCUGAUGAUGCACGGCUGGCCGAGUUCCUCCAAGGAGUUUGAUAUGGCCAUACCGUUAUUGACAAAACAGAGGAAGGGUUAUGAUUUCGUUUUCGAAGUCAUUGCCGUCGACCUGCCAGGAUUCGGAUACUCUGAGGGAACCAAUAAACCCGGCUUGAAUCCUUUGCAAAUAGCCAUAAUAAUGAAGAAUCUUAUGACGAGGCUAGGACAUCAAAGGUUCUACGUUCAAGCCGGCGAUUGGGGUUCCCAGGCAGCGACACAUAUGGCGACCAUUUACCAGGAUGAUAUAUUAGGAUUCCACACAAACAUGCCGUUUUCAUCUCGUCAGAUAAGCACUAUCAAAUACUUCAUAGGUUCAGUGUUCCCUAGUUUGUUCGUCAAAGACCAACAUAUACACAGACUUUAUCCAAUAAGGGAUUUGUUUACCUAUCUUAUGAGAGAAAGCGGUUAUUUCCACUUGCAAGCCACAAAGCCUGAUACUAUAGGCGCAGCCCUAACAGACACGCCGUCGGGUAUGGCGGCGUAUAUGCUGGAGAAGAUAGGCAUCUGCAGCAAUAGAAACCAGCUGAACACGGCCCACGGAGGGCUGGAAAACAUCGCAGUGGACGAUCUUCUGGAUACCGUCACUAUCAUGUGGGAUAACGAGAGCAUUACCAGGUCUAUGAGGCUAUACGCGGAAGCCUUCGCCUGGCCGGAAGUGUUCGUUGUGCACGACAUCCCGACGCGCGUGCCGACGGCCGCCAUGAACUUCCUGCACGAGGUGGUCUAUCAGCCGGAUUGGAUUCUUCGCGAUAAAUUCGUGAACCUAGUGCACUCCACCACCUUGGAUUUCGGAGGUCAUUUCGCAGCGAUGCACACGCCCAAGGAACUGGUCGACGACAUUUUCGCAUCGGUAGCCGUGUUUAACGAAUUCAACGCGGACAGAUCCAGGAUAUAGUGUAUAGUGAAGUGAUCCGAUACAGUAUUGUUUGUUGAGUUGUUGUGAUCUAUUCUAAAUCUUGUUUUUUCUCACGGCGGCGGGCCGCCCCGCCUCGGGCGGCGUCGCGGUGUUAACGAACAAGACUUAAAUUAUGUUUAAUAAAUAUGUUAAUGAAGUGUA